AUGAACAGCGUCACCGUCACCCUCCCGCCGCUCCGUGCGUGGACCAGCUUCGCGCUGCCGGCGCGCGCCAACCCUAUGGCUGCCGCGAACCCCAUGGUGUUCCACCCGUGCCCGGCGAUUCACCAGCACCAGCACCACCAUUACGCUCCGAGCACGCCCACCACCCCGAAGCUCUCGCUGUCCUUUAUCCUGGCAGACAGUCGUCCGCUGACCCCGCCGGCGGCAGCGGCUCGUGCGCGCGAGGCGAGAGUGCCCCCAACGCAGCACCCUGUCGCCAAGGAGCGCAAACACAAGCGCAAAAUGACGUCGGCGGAGAAGCGCGCGGCCCGCUCGUGCUGCGUCGAGGGCUGCACCAACUACACCAUCGACCGCGGCCUGUGCUUCCGCCACGGCGGCGGCAAGUCCUGCUCCAAGCCCGGCUGCACGGCCAGCGCCAAGCACCGCGGCCUCUGCUGGAAGCACGGCGGCUCCACGCUGUGCACGGUGGAGGGCUGCACGCGCGGCGCCAAGUCCCGCGGGCUGUGCUGGUCGCACGGCGGCGGCACCAAGUGCUCGGUGGCCGGCUGCCAGAAGACGACGAUCUCCAAGGGGCUGUGCUGGACGCACGGCGGCGGCAAGCGCUGCGCGUUCGAGGGCUGCAAGCGGCCGGCGUCGCAGAGCAAGCAGAACUUCUGCUCCAAGCACCAGCCCAAGAAGCCCAAGGCUAGCCCAGCUACUGGUAUGUACGUGCAGUAA